CGACACGCUGCAUACUCCUAGGUCUUUACUCUACAAUCACCACCGUAAUGCCUAGCCCGCGUAUCCGUCAUCGCCAGUGGCCGCGGCGGCACCGGUGGCAGAACCUGAAGAGGGUCCUACCAAAAAAGGGGUUUACUUACCCACCGGGGUUUUCCGUCUUCGCCAACUCACGCGAGAGCAUCGUGGUCAUCAAAGCCAUGUGGGCCGCCACCCCCGCCGUCAGGGAGUUCCGUCAUGUCUACUCAGCCGAGGUAGACACAAUGCUGGGAGAAAUAUUUGACCAAGCCUGGACGUGCCGGCAGGUCGUCCACCACAUGGACGCCCGGCGGUUCUGGACCAUGAUAAUGGGCCUGGUCUCCUGGUCGUGCAACAACAAGUUCAUGCGGGCUGACCUACUCGAGAAACUCGCCGACUACCUCGUUCUUUCUCGGCUGCGAUACCUCCGGGAGCCCAGAGGCUCGGCCGUGUCGCCCCUGGGGCAAACAGCCAUCGCCGUCGACCGCUGGCUGGGUUUCCUGCAGGAGAACCACCCGGACCGCGUCCCUCGCCUGGACAAAGAUGUGAGAUACGACGACAACAGCAACCACAACGGCGGCGACGCCAUGGAGUUUGACGACGGCAAAGCCAGCGGCAGCCGCGCCAACCACGAGGUCCCACCGAGUGUCCCGGCCGCUGGUUUCACCUUCACCCUGCCGAUCGGCGCCCCGCGGUUCCCCCGGGGCGGCCACGCUGAGAAGAGGCAGAAGGUCGGUCGAGAGGGGCAGUCGGCUUCCGUCACAACCGGGGUGGAGGAGAAGGCUGAGGAGGAGGAGGAGGAUCUCGUCCACAUGACGAGAGACCUAACCCUUGGACGUUGA